GCUCUCGUUUAUGUAGUUGAUGUUGUCUGGUAGGUUGUCAGGGGCACAGACUACAAUAAGCUAGCUAACGUUAGCCAUCUACAUGAAAGAUGGAUUAUCCCAUUGCAAGUUCAGUCCUUUCGGAUAUUUUACACGGUCAUAGAUAGUGUUGUUGCCUUUUAUUGUAUCUAAAGGAAAACAACCUCGAAUAACCUGUGUCGUGUCUGAAGAAGGCAGGCUCACUCGCUUAGCUAACCUACUUGUACUUGCAUGCUAGCUAAGCUAGAUGGGUGAAAUUAAUGUCAGUAGCUAGCUACUUAAUUAGCCAUCUCUGCAUGUAUGAUGCUGUUGUCAGCUAUCGUUACCAUUAGCUAACGCUAGCACAUAGUGGCAGAACAGCCAGUUAGCUAUCUUGUAAAGAAGCCAGCAUAUGUAAAUCUCCACGAAUAUCCAGCCAGACAUUUAGCUAGACAUGGAUUAUAGCAAUCGACAUAUCCAUUCAGAAAUGGAUGAUGAAUCUCAGGAAAGCAUGGAUGCGUGUGGCGACUCAACACCGUAUGUGCCCCCGCAUCUCCCCCCAAUGCCCCGCCGAGAGCGGCUUCAGAUUCAGAAGAGCAGUGUCUGCUCCCGGGCUUACUUCGUGGUGGUCAUGGUCUUCUUCCAUGUUUACAUUAUAAACAUCAUUGGCCUGUUGUUCUACGUACACUACAAUAACAGUCCGGCGGAUAUUGUCAGCGCGGACCGGGACACAUCGGCAUCUACCAGCGGGGUUGACAGCCGCCUGUCCCCGCCAGACCCACCUCAGCAAGACCCUGACUUGGAUGUCCGUCAGAGCUUCAGUCUACCACGCAUCGAGGGGAUACGGGUGGGUCAUGUCCAGAGGGUGUCACUCAAGCCUGACAGAAUCCACGAGAUGAAGACUCUCAGCCUCAAGCCUCUGCUUUUUGAGAUCCCUGGCUUACUGUCUGAAGAGGAGUGUGGUGUGGUGGUGCAGCUGGCCCAGCUGAAGGGUCUGAUGGAGAGCCAGGCCACAGUGCCACCAGGAGACCAGGAGGAGGAACUGCAGCCACUGCUCUCCCUCAGCCCCGAGGAGACCUUCAGCCUGCUAGACCUGGACCAAGACGGACUACUGCAGAGACAGGAAAUCUUGAGUCACUCUCGUUCACGGGACAGGACCUGGCUGAGCCCAGAGAACCUACGACAGAUACUCACCGGCCAGGAGGACAGCCCAGCAGGUGUGUUAACUCUAGAGGAGUUCAGGCGUGUGUGUGACGGCAUGUCCCAGCAUCCCUUGCAGCAACGAGCCGGAACAAGGCGGGGCCAACCGAAAAGGAAGAGCCGACACACCUGGCUGUACCAGGGACCAGGAUCACACCAUAUACUACACACACUGAGGAACAGGGUGACCCAUCUAGCGCGUCUGCCCUCCCCAUUGGUUGAGCUGAGCGAGCCGCUGCAGGUGAUUCGCUACGAGCAGGGAGGCUUCAGCCACGCCCACCACGACAGUAGCCCCUCCCAUCCAGAGACCACCUGCUCUCACACACGCCUGGCCGGAAACACUUCGGCACACACCGAGAUCUCCUGCAGGUACAUAACUGUGUUACUCUACCUGAACUCUGUGGAGGGAGGCGGAGAGACCACUUUCCCUGUGGCAGACAAUCGUACCUAUGAGGAGGAGGCUUUAGUGCAGGGUGGUGUGGAUCUGACAGACACACAGCAGAGUUGUGACAGAGGAAACCUCAGGGUGAAACCAACCGCUGGGACUGCUCUCCUCUGGUACAACCAUCUCUCUGAUGGCAAAGGUUGGAUGGGUGAGCUGGAUGAGUACUCCCUCCACGGGGACUGCCCUGUGACCCGAGGGGUGAAGUGGGUGGCCAACAGUUGGGUGAACGUGGACCCAGACCACCAACGCCAAGCUCGCUACCAGAGACUGGUGACCCACAGACAGGAGGGCGAGACGGGCAGAGAGGAGCGGGACACCCCCCUCCCUCACAGCAACCUCCACCAGGACCUGUAGUAAUGUAGCUAGGGCCACUGGAAACACACUGUGGGGAGAUACACACUUUCCUUUAAGCACACAGGGGCAAAUCAGAACUUCCACUUAAGUAGAUAGAAUGUUCCCUUAGUCAUGUUGCAUUGAUGUCAAUGGGAGACUAAGUGAAAUUUGACUUAAAUGGCAGUUAGGAUUUGCCCCUCAGAGAAUAUCUGAAAAGAAAGACAAAGUACCUGUGUAAUUAAUUGAAUUCAAACUCAGUUCUAAUUACACAUGCAGACAUUUUAGUUGCAUUUGUCUGUUUUGCAGUCAUAGUUAAGGUUCUGAGGGAUCCAUUAUUGUUUUAAAUGUAGUAUGCACAUGGACGUAUGUAAAAUUACCAGACAGCAAAUUGAGCCAAAUUAGAAUAUAAUCAGAUGAUCCAUCUAUCUAUGUCUUCCUGACAGGCAGAUUUGAUGUGGGAUUGUGUCUGUGUAGUUCUGUCUUUCUUUCAUGAGUGAUGUGAUGUUCUGAGAGUAUUUGUCAAUAGAGUUGGGAUGAUGGGGGUGCUAGUGGGCUCUAGACAGCACAAUAACAAACCAGGCCCCGGGACCCUCAAGCAUUAGAUAUUUAUGUUGGCCCAGCCCACUGUCACUGUGCUGCUAACAGCUUCGCUUCCUCAACUGUCCCUUUCCUCUUCCUGGGCUUGAACCAGUGGUCCUCUGAUCUCAAACACAUGUCCACCUGCUUGACGUACAAACCAGUUGCGCCACCGAAAAUGAUCAAAUUCAAUGGCCCCAUUUCAAGCUGUGGAUGAGUUUAUCCAGUACAAUUUGACUCCAUUACACGUCUGUAAUCCAAACCCAGUUUCUAUGUUACAGUUCCUGUCUGGUGGUUGUGUUAUGAUGAUAAAGAAGCACUCUCAUUUUCAAAUGAGCUGUCCAUUCAUACAACUCCACUUGUUAAAGAUGGAACCCGCAUUAGGGGAAACAGCGCCACUGUCCGCUCCCAGCACCUUUUGUUAUUGUUUUUGUUUUGAGGUGCGUCGAGCAGUGUGGGGGAAAAAAAGAAGAAGAAUGCAGUACAUAUUCUGCUGUUAUAUCACGCGUGCAUCACGUUUGUGGUUUACAGUAACUUCUUUGUUGUUGUAAUCGUUAUUUUUCAAUGUCUGCUUGAUUCAGGAUUCAGAUUAGUGUGUUUAUUUAUUUGUUUAUUUAUCUAUUUAUUCAUUGUAUUUGAUUAUUUAUUAUCUAUGUAUUAUUAUUUAUUAACUUAAUAAGGUGAUUGAUGAAUGUAUCUUUAUUACUUGACUGGUUGAUGUUGCACUGAGUCUAUUACAUGUCUUGUUCACUAUAUACAUACAAUAAGUCAUGGAAAAAAAUACAAUUUGUAUGUUUUUUUCUGUAGCUACAGUGAAAGUGAUUUAUUAUCUAAGCCUGGCACCGAGGCGCAUUCCAUGGGGUUUUCUCAUUUUCAUUUGGGCAAAAGUCUUUCCUAUGUCCUCUUUCCUCUGUGACCGAUAAGUUGUUGAGUGGUCGAGGAGUGUGUCAAUUCGUUAAAAGGCAAACGGAAGACGGUCCUCCCUUCCUCUGUCCUCCUCGAUAGCCUCCUUUGGCGAGGAAGCACCACUGAGGUAUAAUAAGAACUGGAGACUGCGUCCAAGAUGUCCGACUGUUGUUUUCAAGGUAAUCUACUCACGUUCGCAUACGCCGAUUCAUAGGACUUUUAUCAAUGCUCACCUCCUGCGUCCUCUCUCCUCCGUCCCUUCUCGCCUCCUUUUGAAAAGGUCAAGGUUAAUCAAGGAGAGUUGGCGAUGAGAGUGAACGGGGAUGGAAAUGCGCUUGAUUGAAAUGAGACGUUCCUUCUCCACUCGCCCAUCAUUAGGCUAAUUACGUUUAAUGGGGUGGAUCCCAAAAUAAAUGUG